AGAAAUAUGUAUAUGCGUGGUGAGCGAUAUGUGCCACGAUAAAAUGGACAAGCACUGCCUUUAUAGAUCAUGUAUUCUCUCAUUUCUUUACGGAGUCACGCGUAAAACUAUAAUCACGUAAAUCAAAAAAAGUUUAAUUUUCUCUCCCAAGAGGUUCCAAAAUGCCCAAGAAAAUCUUGAUGUCGGUGAGUAUGAGGUGCGAAAAAUGUCGUUCGGAAGCUCUCAAGAUCGGAGCCAAAACCACUGGAGUGACGUUUGUGGGAAUAGAAGGAGAAGAGAAAGACAAAGUGGUGGUGAUCGGAGAAGGUGUCGACGCCGCAUGUUUAGUUGUCCGGCUUCGCAAGAAAGUUGGUUUCGCUGAUCUUAUCAGCGUUGCAGAUGUUGACUCUUAGAAAUACAAGUCUUAUACUAGUAUUACAUUUUUUUUUUAAACAACUUUUCAACGAUUGAUUAUGUAAUUUCUCAGUUUUCUUUCAGAAACCAUAUACAGAUUUAUAUAAUCGCAAUUUUCUCUAGCCAUAUAAGGAACGAGAUAGUUUAAAA